UGAAGAAGCCUUUUUUCAAUUCCUCCACUGCGCGCUCCUCUACCUGUUCUCUCUGCCUGGACGGCGAAUCACUCCCUCUCUGGCGGAUAUAUAUACGUUGAAUAAUAUAUAUAUAGCUACAGAGUAGUCUAAUGGCGUCGGUCAGCAGCGGCGGAAUGCAAGUUGGAGUGGAAAGGGUCUUUAUCGGAGCUGGCUGCAACAGAAUAGUGAACAACGUUUCCUGGGGUGCUUCCGGCUUGGUCUCUUUUGGUGCUCAAAAUGCUGUCGCUAUUUUCUGCCCCGAGACCGCACAGAUAUUAACUACGCUCCCUGGUCACAAAGCCUCUGUAAAUUGUACUCAUUGGAUUCCUAGCAGCAAGUAUGCUUUUAAAGCUAAGCAGUUGGAAAAGCACUUUCUGCUAUCUGGAGAUGCUGAUGGUGUUAUUAUUUUGUGGGAAUAUUCUCUUUUAGAGAAGAAGUGGAGGUAUGUGUUACAAUUGCCACAAUCCCACAAGAAGGGAGUUACAUGCAUUACUGGAGUAUUAAUUUCUCAUCAAGAGUCACUUUUCGCAUCCACAUCUUCAGAUGGUAUUGUAAAUGUAUGGGAGUUGAUCCUUCCAUCUGCUUAUGGAGGUGACUGUAAGUUAUCGUGCUUGGAUUCUUUAUCUGUCGGUCGCAAACCUAUGGUUUCUCUCUCUCUAGCAGAGUUGCCUAGGAGCCAACACCUGGUACUGGCCAUGGGAGGCUUGGACUGUAAAGUCCAUCUAUAUUGUGGUGAGAGGACUGGAAAAUUUCUUCCUGCCUGUGAGCUAAAAUCGCACACAGACUGGAUUCGGAGCUUGGAUUUUUCGUUACCUAUACAUACAAAUGGCGAAACCAGCAUUCUAUUGGUAAGUUCAUCCCAAGAUAAAGGAAUUCGCUUAUGGAAAUUGGUUUUACGAGACAUGGUAGCAAAUAACAGGAAGCAAGAAAUGAGUUUGGAAUUUUACAUCAAAGGUCCUGCAUUUGUAGCUGGUUCAUCCUCUUAUCAAGUCUCAAUGGAGGCUCUCCUCAUUGGGCAUGAAGAUUGGGCAUAUUCAGUGGAGUGGCAACCCCCAUCGGGUUCAUCUGAUGAACGAGGUGAAUGCUAUCAACCUCAAAGCAUUUUAUCUGCGUCAAUGGAUAAGACAAUGAUGAUAUGGAAACCUGAAAAGACAACUGGCAUCUGGAUGAAUGUGGUAACUGUUGGUGAGCUAAGCCACUGUGCCUUGGGAUUUUAUGGAGGUCACUGGAGUCCAUGUGGAAAUUCAUUUUUAGCUCACGGCUAUGGCGGGUCAUUCCAUCUCUGGAAAAAUGUUGGUGCUGAUAUUGAUGAUUGGAAGCCACAAAAAGUAGCUUCUGGACAUUUUGCAUCAGUGUCAGACAUCUCAUGGGCUAGGUGUGGAGAGUAUCUUCUAUCUGUCAGUCAUGACCAGACAACCAGAAUAUUUGCUCCAUGGUCCAAUAAUAAUUGUUCUGUGAAUGGAGAGUCAUGGCAUGAAAUUGCCCGACCACAAGUUCAUGGACAUGAUAUAAAUUGUGUGACAAUUAUACAAGGGAAGGGUAACCACCGUUUUGUGGGAGGCGCGGAUGAGAAAGUCGCCAGAGUUUUUGAAGCUCCUCUAUCAUUUCUGAAGACAUUGGAUCAUUUUACUUCAGAUAAAGGCAGUGUUUUUGAUAACCUGCAAGCUGAAGUGCAGAUUUUGGGUGCAAAUAUGUCUGCUCUAGGUUUAUCACAGAAACCUAUAUAUAUUCAUGCUUCAUCAGAGGCAAAUCAGGUUACCACUAGUGAAGGUAUUGAUACCAUGGAAACUGUCCCUGAAGCGGUUCCAAUUGUCUUAACUGAGCCACCCAUUGAAGACCAACUGUCCUGGCAUACUCUAUGGCCAGAGACACACAAACUAUAUGGUCAUGGGAAUGAACUGUAUUCAUUAUGCUGUGAUCAUGAGGGAAAGCUAGUUGCUUCGUCAUGCAAGGCUCAAUCAGCAUCAGUUGCAGAAAUAUGGCUGUGGCAAGUGGGUUCUUGGAAGUCAGUUGACCGCUUGCAUUCACACAGCUUGACUGUGACACAGAUGGAGUUUUCUCAUGAUGACAAGUAUCUUCUGUCAGUUUCAAGGGAUCGCCACUUUUCCGUAUUCUCAAUUAAACAUACAGUGUCGGAUGACACAGCAUACCAGCUUGUAACUAAGCAGGAGGCACAUAAAAGAAUUAUAUGGGCAUGUUCUUGGAACCCAUAUCGUCAUGAAUUUGCCACUGGUUCAAGGGACAAGACUGUCAAAAUCUGGGCAGUUGAAAGCGAAGCUUCAGCUAAGCAACUCCUUACUCUGCCACCAUUCAACAGUAGCGUGACAGCACUCUCUUGGAUUGGCCUAAAUCGGCAUAACAACCAUGGCCUUCUUGCGGUAGGGAUGGAAAAUGGUUUAAUUGAAUUAUGGAGCCUGCAAAAUGCAAGAGGCAAAGAUGAUAAUAUCUCAGCACUUACCUCUGCUCUUGCUGUUAAGUUCGAUCCUUUUAUGUGCCAUGUUUCGAUGGUGAACCGGUUAGCAUGGAGAAAUUCAGAGGGAAGAGAAGAUUCCAAUGCCAUGCAGCUGGCCUCGUGUGGGGCGGAUCAAUGUGUGAGAAUAUUUAAUAUAUGUUUUACUAUAGCCUAAAAUGAGGUUUUGUAGAUAGACGCAUGUUCCAAGCAUAGUGAGUUGUAUUUUUAACCGCAUUCAUAUUGGAGUUUGACAUUGCUUAAUGUGUCUGGUGUUCUUGGCUUGUUAUCUCUAUACUCUACUCUUCUGUUGUUAACAGAAAUUUAGGAAUUCGGAAAGAAGAUAGGUUAAAUAUGAUUGGCGGGAAUGUGUAG